GCGUUGGCAUUGCUACAACUGUGCACGUUUUCACCUUUCCACGUAAAACCCUAAAAGAGAGAAAAAGAGAGAGGGCAUAGUGUGUGUCUGACAACUUUAUACAGCCAACGCGACUCUGCCUUUAAUAACUAUCAGUGCACUUUAUCGAUUUUUUUUCUUUUCUUGCUCCCCUAUCCCCCACCCCCGCACCACUUCUUGUUCAUGGUCUUAUCCCAAAAACAAGCCAAUACGCCAACCCAGAACUCAACAAUUAAAGCAUGGCUCUCUGCAACUAAUUCCCAAAAGCACCACGGUAAAGAAAACAAUAACCGACACGAUCCAGAGCUUGAAAGAGCCUUGGAAUUAAGCCGACAAGACUUUAAUGAAAAGCAAAAACAACAACGACACCACCAAAACCAUUACACAGAAAAGACAAUGAUUGACGACGACGACGACAAUGACUUUCAGCCAUUUUCUCCCAAGCAAUUGAUCCUUCUUCAAGAACGAAAACGUUCAAUGCAAAACAAACAACGCACGCAGCAACGAAAACAUAAUAAAUCAUCGAAUGCCACUCGCGAUUCACAAGCCAGUAGUAGUAGUAGUAGUAGUAGUAGUAGUAGUAGCACCAGUACCACUACCAGUCCUGUUAGAAAUGAAACACGAAAGCGGCUCAGCAAAAGUCAAGGGAAAAUACCAGUAGUAUCAUUAACAACAGCAUCCAGCAGCUCCUCCUUUUAUGACAACAACAACGACAGGGAGAAUGAACACGAUAUCAAUCAUUCGGAUGAACAACAGGAGCGUGCCAAAAUCAGGCAAGAAAGCUUAGAGGAAGAAGUUGAAGAAGAGAUUGUCAACUUUGAAGAUUCAUCCGAUGAAGAAGUUCCAGUCAUCAAGAAAGAAGGUGCUGUAAAAGUCAAGCGGGAGACACCGUUCGUGCAGGAUGAAGUUGAGGAAGAAAUAGUGCCGUUGGAUUUUGACGAUGAUCUCGAUCUUCCAGUGGUCAAACGAGAAAAAGACGAAGUUGAUACGACGGCUAUGGAAGCUGCAACACCACCAGAAGCAACACAAACUCCCAUAACGACAACAACAUCAGCAGCAGCAGCAAAAGUACCUAUAACGUAUGAUACCCAGGAUGAUGACAUUGAGGUUGCUGAUCUGACAGAUUGGGUACCUCAGGCUUCUAAAGGACCAGAGAUCUUUACUCCUUCGCCUAGUCCUCCACCACUGUUAUCACGUAAUCACAACAGCAUCUUUGAGCCAGAAUCUUCAACAUCAUCGUCACGACAUACAGCCGAACCAUCCUCAUCAUCAAUAUCAUAUACUGCUGCCAACAGCAGCGAUUGGAAGGGCAAACGUCCUUCUUCCAGAACCGACAACGAUAACAACAUAUCCCAAAGCACUGGGAAGUUGAAUAUACCCAAGCGACAACGACGACGGCUGCUGCAUGACAACACCCCUUCCUCUUUUCCUCCUGAAACGAGUUACACUCCGGCAACAACAAUUAGCUCUCCCCGUCGACCGCGUCCUGUUGCUGUGUCACCUCUUCCAGAACAUCCAACCAAUGAUGAAGCUGACCCGGAAUGUCCAAUGUGUGCACGACGGUUUCCUUUGGAUACGAUCGGAGUCCAUGCCUCAGAAUGUCAGGGCAUUGAAACUGGAUCAUCGUGGAUGGAUAGUUACAGCAGCAAUAGUCAUGCGGCUGCUGCUGUGGAGCCGACACGUCAUGCAACUAGGCGCACAAACCAUGCUACUAUUUCACUUUUAGAUGACGACUCGAAUAAUGCUGAACGAAACGACGACAGCGACGAAGCUAUACCGCUGCGCGUCAUACGACAACAACGAUUGGAACAAUUAUCAUCACGACGCAAUCCGCGACAGCAGAGACAAAGACGACGACGGACACCAUCACCCAUCCUGGAAGACACGUUGAGCGAUAUCGAAGAGUUCGAAGAAGACAACAACAACAACGACCGACCCGUAGUAGCUACAACGCGACGUGACCUGAAUAAUCAUUCAAGAGGGCAAACUUUUCAAAAAUGCCCAUUCUGCCAUGAUCAGAUUAUUGAACGCGACGUGGAGCAACACAUUCGUUCAGAAAUAAGGGCCAAUCGCCGAAUCGUCGUCUCGCGUGAUGACGGAGGACAAGAUUUUCGAAGGUGUCCAUUUUGUCCUGAUUGGGUUCUUGCCGAGGACUUGGAAGAGCAUCUCAAGGCAGAACUGGCGAGACGUGGCAACAACAGCAACCCAGAGGGUCCAAGCUUUCAUCAAGAAGAAGAAGAAGAAGGAGGAGAAUCAGAUUGGCGGACGUGUCCAAUCUGUCAAGAUUGGAUCCCUGAAACUGAGAUUGAAGAGCACAUCAAUGCAGAAUUGGAUGCAAGAGAACAGCAAAGCAGCGCAGAACCUGGAUCAAGUAGUACACUGGGCGACUUGCGCGAUUCCUUUGAUGUGGUAAAUGUGGAUGACAGCGACGAGGAUGAUGACGGAUAUAUGUCGCCACUUGAAGGAUUUUCCAAUAUCAAUCCUGCAGAACAUCCUCAGUAUUACAAUCAGAUCGGCAAUAAUAAUAAUCAAGCAACCCCACCUUUGGCAUCAUCAGCCUCUAUGUCUCGUCGACGCACACCUGCAUCAUCCUCAUCAUCAUUUACGUCUUCAACAACAAGACCAGGCAAUCGAGCAAGCACACGAGGAUCAUCUUCCCGUGGAUCUUCUUCUCGAGGAAGAUCCGGUAGAUCCUCUGGUGGUGGUGGUGGUGGAAGACGGACACUCACGCCUGCACAGAAAAAAGCAAUCAGGGCAAAGAAAUGGGGAAACAAAAAGUCCUUGUCGACAACAAAGAAGAGUUCCUCGUCGUCGUCGUCAAAAGGCAAGAACCCAAAGUCAAAAAAGUAAUAGGUCGUCAAAAGAGCAAGAUUGGUUACUGUAUUAGGUUAGAGAAAGGGAGUUAUUUUUUCUUCCAUUCGGCUGGUACGACGAAAAUUGCUAUUAUACGUACCUGCU